GUGAUGGAGGGAGGGAGGAUAGCAGCAUCAGCAUCAUCCUCAUCAUCAUCAUCAUCAUCAGUGAACGUGCAGAACGAGAGGAUGAAAAUUCAAAACCUUCCAGCUCCUGUUUUACUGCUGAGCUCAGUCACACCGGGAGAUGGCUAAUUCCUGGACCCUCACUGGCUGACAUCGUAAGAACAGUUCAUAUUUCUGUGGAGGACGAAAUGCUUCGGGAUUAUAUUUCCACAAUUACUGCAACUGGCUAAUCGCUGGAGUGCGGAGCGUUAAAGAGAAAAACUACAGGAGAGGGAUAAAGGAUCAUAUUUCCGAACUCUUCAGUUGUAUAUGAGGUGUAACUGACUAAUCCCUGUAGGAGCUGGACAAGAGGGAGGCGUCAUGGCUUGUUUCACUGGAUGGUACCAGGUUAAUUCUUGGAUAGGAGAUGACUGACUCAUCCAUUGGAUUGUUGGGACAGUCUUCUUCCUGAACAACUCUUUACAUGUCCAUUUUAAGUACAAAUACAUCCGUGCCACACCUCCACACGUGGUGUUGCAGAGGCUGGGAUCUGGCUAAUACCUGGAAUCCUUGACCUGUAACAGCACCUCACUGCCCCAUAUACGGUACUCCAGUACCUGGACAUUUUCUGUAUCAAAGGUCUGUGUACAGCCUCCUCCUGGGACCAGGCUAAUCUCUGGAUCAGCGUGUCUGGCAUGUUCUGCUUCUGCCUGCAGAGUUCCCUGCUGAAGCUCCAGGCGCUGGAGGUGGAGGGGGGCCCCUCACUGGGUCCGUCCCCAGAGGAGAGCCCCCCUGCCCUGGGCAGCAAGGAGCAGAAGAGCCCCUGUGGCCUCGCCGAGCUUGGAGGGAAGGAGGGGAAGACGCUGGCUCUGUGCCACAGCGCUGACGAGAACAGCCCACCAGAGCUGCUGACGGUCCUGACCAGACCCCCCCAGUCCCCCAGACACCAGCCGUUAACCACCAUCCGCCCUGGCCAGCAGCCCCUGACCCCUGAUGGUGUUCUGUCCCCCAGCCCUCACCACUCCCCCUACUCCCCGCAGAGGAGCAGCCCUGGAGGUGAGGGGGGAGGAGGAGGAGGUGGGGGAGGAGAAGGAGGAGGUGGAGCUCUCCUCCAGCUGCUGGCGGGCGGUCCCAGCCCCCUCCCCUCCCCCCGAUGCUCCAGCCUCAGCCACAGCCUGAGGUUCAACUCCGACCCCGACACUGCGCCUUCACCGCCCUGCAGCCAGCAGUACAUACUGUCUCGAGGUCGAGGGGACAGGACUGAGGGAUCAGAGGACAUGUGUGUCCCCUCCAUCCCCUUCCUCACCAGACAGAUUCAGACCCUGAAGAAGAAGGUCCGCAGGUUUGAGGAUCAGUUCGAGCAGGAGAUGAACUACAAGCCAUCACACAACGAUAAAUACUCCAACCCAGAGAUGGUCCGAGUGAUGAGUGAACUGGCGAAGGCUCGCAAACAGCUCAAAGAGCUGAGACUCAGACAGUCGGUGUUCGAGUCGAAGGAGCAGGACGGUGCAGCAAACACAGACGUCUGCAGGUAUGGCUCCAGGCAGCAGGGGGCGUCGGAGCACAGACCAACACUGGAGGAAACAGUGGACUCUCUGUUCAGACGACUGAGGGAGAAGAGACAAGCUCUGGGUCUCCCCGACAACAUGAAGGAGAUGACUCAGGCUCAGAUGGUGUUGGAGAAGAUCACUCUGCAGAAAUGUCUGUUGUACUUAGAGAGUCUUCACGGCCGCCCGGGAACCAAACAGGAGAGGAACCUGGUGAAGCCUCUGUACGACAGAUACAAGAUGAUCAAGCAUUUACUGUGUGUCAGCCCCAUCACCACGAUAGAGGAAGAGGACGGAUCUGAUGAAGACUCGGUGAGCUCGAGGACAGUGGAUGAACUUCCUGUCCCGCCUCCUCCUCACAGAGCGACCCGACCAGCAGCCGGCGAGGAGGACAGUGACCGGGACAGCGACCCGGCCUUCGUGUCCCCGUUGGACGAGGUGAAAGCUGUCCAUCAACAAGCUGCUGUCACCACGGCCAACCUGCACGAAGCCUCCAGGUCUCAGCUGCUGCAGAGUCUGCGGGAGACAAGAGCAGAGAAGAAAAACAGGCGUAAAGCUCUCAGAGAGUUUGAGGACCAGUUUUACCGUCAGACUGGAAGAAUCUGCCAGAAAGAGGAUCGCACUCCCAUGAAAGAAGAAUACCAGGAAUACAAACAACUGAAAGCUAAACUGCGGCUGCUGGAAGUCCUCCUCAGCAAACAGAACGUCACUAAAACCAUGUGAGAGGAGACACUUCCCAACUGUAACUACUGGUACAUCUGUUUCUACUUCAGCGUGUGGAGUUACGGGACAUGUUUCUGACAGUGACUGACUUCUAACCGCUUCCUCUCCAAACUAAACAUUUGUAAAAAGAGUUUUACAAAGUGUAAAAAGAGACAAGAUGUUACACAGUAAACCAGCAUCCUACAGUGUUUGUCCACCUGCUUCUUCAAGUCUGAAUGAUUUUGUAAAACUGCUCCACAGGUAACUGUAAACACGUCUUUUUUUCCUGGACAUGAGUGUGAUUUAACGGACCAAAACAUUUUUAUAUGACACUAAACAUCUUUGAGUGUGUCACACUGAGAGCACGUUAACCUGUGGAGGACUAAGACGAGAGCUGAUGUACCACAUGAGCUGUGUCCCAGUUCAGGGUCUCGUCUUUCAGAGGAAGCAUCUGAAGACAGACUGUGUCAUAGCAACGACACUGUCCAGAUGUGUCCUUCUUUUCCUGAACCACGAAAGAUCCACCUGUUGCAUCUUUCGUGGUCCAACAUACGUGACACAACGCGAAAAUCCUCCGUAGACCAGACCGUCUCAUUCCAGUUCAGCCUCUGAACUGGGUCACAGCUGCUGACCUCCUCUCAAACAUCCAGAUACUGAACCCUCUUGGAAAUUUUAACCCCAAAAACUGCAGUUUGAGAAUAAAUCACUGGGUCCAUUUACUACUUGUUCUGGAGCUUUUAACCAUAUAACAAGAGUUUUCUUGGUUGCCAUGGACUAGUUUGACAUCUCCAGUUCUCUCCAAUCUCUGGUUCCAUGAUAACUGAGGUAAUCCAAACCAGCUAAUAACCAAGCGCUCCCAGUUCACCUCUGGAGCAGCUGCUGAGGUUCAAUGUCUUGUUGAACAUAUGCAUGGACUGGAAACAUCUGGAAACAAAGAUGCAAUGUACAAAUUAUUGCCAGUAGAGAGAUGCAUCUGUAUUUAUAUCAUAGCACUUUGAUGUUGAAAAGGGGAAUUUAUUUUUAUCCAAAAUCUAAUGUUAAUAUGCAACAUGGUCUGUGUUUCCAGAUGAUUGAUGGUGUCUUCUAUUUUUCACAAACAGAGUCUGUCAGAGAAACUUGAGUCGGCUGUAAAUAAUCUCGACUGUGUCUCUACUGAAUGUUGAGGUAAAGGGCUCAACCAAACCACAGAGUAACAAACAUGGAGAGUGAGCUGUGUCUCAGUAUCCAUCACAAUCUGAUGUGACAUGAAGUUUUAUUAAAGACGAAGAGUUUCCUAAAUGUGACGUCCAGUUCAUCACCAAAUGUUGGAGCCGUUUCAAGGAAAUGAUUCAAUAUAAUCUGAUAUAAUCUCUCAAAACCAGCGAAGAUGAGUUUCAUCACAAAGUAAAAGGGAAAACGGUUCAGCUGUAGUUUCACCUUCAGCGUGUUCCUGACGUCUGUGGUGACGGUUUCCUGCCCUGAGCUGUUGAAGGCUGUCGAUGUUCUGACCUUAUUCAUGCUUGACAGUUAAAUGUGGACUCAUGCUGUGAUGACGACAUCGUCCCUGUGUUGUGUCAUUCUGGUUUGCCUCAUGAAUUUCUACACAA